UAGGCCCCGCGGCUGUGUACUGACCUGAGCUGUCUCGCCCCCUCUUCCACUAGCAUCACGGUGAGAGGGGUUCGGCGUCCCAGGUGACCAGUCCUGGCUCAGAACGUUUGUUCUGGCCAUCGGUAGGAAAGCUGUGUGACCCGGGAAUAAGGAUAGGGAAGCUCUGGCCUCUGCGAACUCUGCUUCUCCAGGCAAGUAAACCCCAAAGAGGACUGACCAGUUCUUGAAUUUCUAAACCAUGGCCCAUGGAUCAGUGAUGUUCAGUGAUGUGUCCAUCGACUUCUCUCUGGAGGAGUGGGAAUUCCUGAAUUUGGAACAGAGGGAUUUGUAUAGAGAUGUAAUGUUGGAGAACUACAGCAACUUGGUCUCAUUGGGAUGCUUCAUUUCUAAACCAGAUGUGAUUUCCUUAUUAGAGCAAGGAAAAGAGCCCUGGAAAGUAGUGAGGCAAGGAAGAAGACAAUAUCCAGAUUUAGAGACCAACUACGAGAUCAAGAAGUUAUCUUCAGAAAAUGACAUUUAUGAAAUAAACUUAUCCCAGUGGAAAAUAAUGGAAAGAAUUAAAAACCAUGGCCUUAAGAGCUUCAUUUUGAAAAAUGACUGGGAGUCCAAAAGAUUUGAAGGACAAGAGGAAUAUUUCAACCAAGUGAAAAUCACAUCUCAAAAAAUGUCCCCUUACCAAAAAUGCUCAUCUCUUUCCUCACGUCAGAGAAUUCAUUAUGUCGAGAAACCCUAUGAAUGUAAGGAAUGUGGGAAGGCCUUUAGAGUACGCCAACAACUUACGUUUCAUCAUCGAAUUCAUACUGGUGAGAAACCUUAUGAAUGUAAGGAAUGUGGGAUGGCAUUUAGACAGACGGCACAUCUUACUCGACAUCAGAGACUUCAUUCUGGUGAAAAACUCUAUGAAUGUAAGGAAUGUGGGGAAUCUUUCAUGUGUGGCCCGGAACUUAGAGUACAUCAGAAAAUUCAUAUUGGUGAGAAACCCUAUGUAUGUAAAGAAUGUGGGAAGGCCUUCAGAGUUCGUGGACAACUUACUCUCCAUCAGAGGAUUCAUACUGGUGAGAAACCCUAUGUAUGUACAGAAUGUGGGAAAGCCUUUAGGCAGUAUGCACAUCUUACUCGACAUCAGAAGCUUAAUAUUGCUGACAAACUCUAUGAAUGUAAAGAAUGUGGGAAGGCCUUUUUGUGUGGGUCUGGCCUUAGAGUACAUCACAAACUUCAUACUGGGGAGAAACCCUAUGAAUGUAAAGAAUGUGGGAAGGCCUUUAGAGUACGACAACAACUGACACUCCACCAGAGAAUUCAUACUGGUGAGAAGCCCUAUGAAUGUAAGGAAUGUGGAAAGACUUUUAGUCGUGGUUAUCAUCUUAUUCUUCAUCACAGAAUUCAUACUGGUGAGAAACCUUAUGAAUGUAAGGAAUGCUGGAAGGCCUUUAGUCGUUACUCACAACUUAUUUCACACCAGAGUAUUCAUAUUGGUAUUAAACCCUAUGACUGUAAGGAAUGCGGGAAGGCCUUUAGACUACUCUCACAACUUACACAACAUCAGAGUAUUCAUAUUGGUGAGAAACCCUAUAAAUGUAAGGAAUGUGGGAAGGCCUUUAGAUUGCGCCAAAAACUUACUCUACAUCAGAGCAUUCAUACUGGUGAAAAACCUUUUGAAUGUAAGGAAUGUAGGAAAGCCUUUAGACUUAAUUCAUCUCUUAUUCAACAUCUGAGAAUUCAUUCUGGUGAGAAACCCUAUGAAUGUAAGGAAUGUAAGAAGGCCUUUAGACAACAUUCACACCUUACCCAUCACCUAAAAAUUCAUAGUCAGUUCUGCAGAGACACCUCAAACCCAAGUUGGCAGCGGGCACCUCGUUCAUCCCCGUGCAGCCUCGAAGCCGGUGCCGCUUCAGCUGAACCCCAAGCCGGGAGGCCCACGGCGCGCUCCCGCCCUGCCCACUCGCGCCCGCGCUUGCGCAUCCCACGCAGCCCGUUAAGGCGAAGACCAGGCCCUCCCUACCCGGGACUACAUUUCCCACAUGCCUCUGCGCCUAGUUUCCUUCCGGCUUCCUUGCUGGUUUCGGCUCGGAGAGGGCCGCGCGGAUGCAGCGGCCCAGAAUGGCUCCGAGUGAGAUUUACGAACCCCACAGUGAAGGCCUGUAACAAAAAGACGCAGAACAACAGCUCUCAGAACCACAGCUUAACCAGAGCUCCCUCCCAAGGCAGCGCUCUUGAACUCGGAGACCGCUUCCAGCCCUGGCCAUUGUACUCUGGCCAUUCUCUCCGAUGCCGGGAAGACACAGCUUCACCCCAGGCUCCCUUUUAUUUCCAUCGGAUAUCAGUCAUGCCCAACUCUGUGACCUCAUGGACUGUAGCCCGCCAGGCUCCUCUCUCCAUGGGAUUUUCCAGAUCUGGCUUAUCUGAACUCUGCAGAUCUCUAUCAGAAAUCUUGAAAAGGACUGACCAGUGCUUGCAGUUCGAAACAAUGGCCCAUGGUUCAGUGACUUUCAGAGAUGUGGCCAUUGACUUCUCACAGGAAGAAUGGGAAUUCCUGGACUCAGCACAGAGGGACUUAUACAGGGAUGUGAUGUGGGAGAAUUACAGCAACUUCAUCUCUCUAGCAGGACCUUCCAUGUCUAAGCCAGAUGUGAUUACCUUAUUGGAUGAAGGGAAGGAGCCCUGGAUGGUUGUGAGAGAAGGAACAGGAAGACAUCACCCUGACUUGGAGUCCAGAUACAGUGCCAAUAUUUUAUCUCCAGAAAAGGACAUUUAUGAAAUAUAUUCAUUCCAGUGGGAGAUAAUGGAAAGAAUUAAAAGCUAUAGCCUUCAGGACUCCAUUUUCAGAAGUGAUUGGGAAUGCAAAAGCAAAAUUGAGGGGCAAAAGGAACCACAAGAGGGAUAUUUUGGGCAAGUGAAAAUUGCUUCUGAAAAAAUGACCACUUACAAAAAGCAUAAUCUUCUUGCUGAAUAUCAGAGAGUUCAUAAUGGAGAAAAGUUAUAUGAAUGUAAGGUAUGUAGGAAGACCUUUAUUCGUCGUUCAACACUUAGUCAACACCUGAGAAUUCAUACUGGUGAGAAACCUUACAAAUGUAAGGAAUGUGGGCAGGCCUUUAGACAGCGUGCACACCUUAUCAGACAUCACAAACUUCAUACUGGUGAGAAACCCUAUGAAUGCAAAGAAUGUGGGAAGGCCUUUACAGUCCUCCAAGAACUGACUCAGCAUCAGAGACUUCAUACUGGUGAAAAGCCCUAUGAAUGUAAGGAAUGUGGAAAGGCCUUUAGAGUACAUCAGCAGCUCGCUCGACAUCAGAGAAUUCACACUGGCGAGAAGCCCUAUGAAUGUAAGGCAUGUGGGAAGACCUUUAGGCAAUGUACACACCUUACUCGACAUCAAAGACUUCAUACUUCCGAGAAGCUCUAUGAAUGUAAGGAAUGUGGGAAAGCCUUCGUAUGCGGUCCAGACCUUAGAAUACAUCAGAAAAUACAUUUUGGGGAGAAACCCUAUGAAUGUAAGGAAUGUGGAAAGGCUUUUAGGAUAUGCCAACAGCUUACUGUCCAUCAGAGUAUUCAUACUGGUGAGAAACCCUAUGAAUGUAAGGAAUGUGGGAAGACUUUUAGAUUAAGGCAACAACUUGUUCGCCAUCAGAGAAUUCAUACUCGUGAGAAACCCUAUGAAUGUAUGGAGUGUUGGAAGACCUUUAGUAGUUACUCACAACUUAUUUCCCAUCAGAGCAUUCAUAUUGGUGAGAGACCUUAUGAAUGUGAAGAAUGUGGGAAGGCAUUUAGACUACUGUCACAACUUACUCAGCAUCAGAGUAUUCAUACUGGUGAGAAACCUUAUGAAUGUAAAGAAUGUAGAAAACCUUUUAGACUGCUCUCACAACUUACUCAACAUCAGAGUAUUCAUACUGGAGAGAAACCUUAUGAAUGUAAGGAAUGUGGUAAAGCUUUUAGACUUUAUUCUUUUCUUACUCAACAUCAGAGAAUUCAUACUGGUGAGAAACCCUACAAAUGUAAGGAAUGUAAGAAGGCCUUUAGACAACAUUCACACCUUACUCAACAUCAGAAAAUUCAUAAUGUAAUUUAAUACAAGGCUUUCAAAUGCACGUUAUGUUACAGAACAUCAGAAAAUUCAUUUUUGAGAGAAUUUGUUUGAUGCUCAUCAUUUAGCAUAAAAAGUUUAUAUUACAGAAAAAAAUGUUGCUUUAAUGGUUGCUUCCACCACCAUUCAAGCAUUGUCUUCAGCAUAUUCAUAUGAGAAAGUAAUAUAAUGAAUGCAGGAAAAUCUUUAGCCUUAUCUAUCUUUAUUGCCAUUUGACCACUGUAUUACCAGUGUAUUAUUGGAUAGGUACUUAAAUUUCUGUGCCUCAUUUUGCUCACUUGUAAAAUGGUGAUAGUAGUAUCUAUGAAUAUUAGUUAUUUAUUGCUGCAUAAUAAAAUACCACAAACUUAGUAGCUUAAAAUAAUACACAUUUAUUAUCUCAGUUUCUAUGGGUCAGGAGUCUAGGCAUAACUUAGUUGGGUCCUCUGCUUCAGGGCCUCUCACAAGGCUAAAAUCAAGGUUUCAACCAUGACUGAGUCUCAUCUGAAGGCUCAACUGGGGAAGAGAUCCACUUCUAACCUCACAUGGUUGUUGGCCAAAUUAAUUUUCUGAGGGCUGUUGCACUGAGGUCUUCAGAUUCUAGCUGGCUGUUGGCUGAAGGCUGACUUCAGUCAGGUCCUUGCUACAUGAGCCUCUUCAGCAUAACUGCUUGCUUCAUCAGAGAAAGCAAGAGUCUGCUAGCAUCAAAGAAGCUAUCAUCUUGUGUUUCUAAUAAUUGAAAUGACAUUAUUUCAUUACCUUUUUACCUUCUAUUGCUUGGAAGCAAGAAACUAGGCUGCCCUAUACUCAAGGGAACAGGCUUAUAGAAGAGUAUGAAUCCCAGGAGGAAGGGAUCACUGGGGCCAAUUCAGAGUCAGCCUGCUGUAUCAUUGUGAGGAUUGAGUAGUUAAUACUUGGAAAAACAGCAGCAAUAUAGCAUGUUUUCUGUAAAUAUUAUCUAUAGUUGUUAUUAACAUCAUUAGUGUUAGUGAAUUCAUAUGAAAGGAAGAUCCUAUAGAAGUAAUAAAUGUAGAAAUGCCUUCUGUCACUGCUCAGUACUUACUAAAUUUAAGAUUAUUCUGGAUAAAAUCUAGAAGGUUAUAUUGAAUGCAGGAAGUUCUUCAUCACUUGAGCUGCAUCAGAAAUUUCAUGCUGAAAAAAAACCUGAUGAAUUUCAUGCAUAUGAGAUUAAGAAUAUAGUGGUUGAAGAAGCAAAGAGAAAUAUGAAAUUGUUUUCCCAUAAUAAAUUACAAGGUAAAUGUUUUAUAAUCUGUAUUCUGUGACUGCCACUCAAGAUUAAUUAGAAGGUAUCCAAAAGAUGGCAAAAAAGAAAUUAACCACUUGGAAAUAUAAUUGUGUAUGUGUGUGUAUAUGUUACUCUUGUAGAAAGAAAGAAAAUAUUCCAUUACAACUAGUAAACUUUUUGAUGCUCAUAGUAUCCCAUCUUCAACCAGUAGGAGUUGGGUUUUUUGACAUGACCCCAGUUGCAGUUUGAUAGUUUACUUGGUUAUGGCUGCCUAAUUUGGUCAGCUUAGGAAGAUGCUUGGGUAUCAGUUCAUUCUGAAAACUAAUAAAUAAAGGGGAAAGUAUUUAUUUUGCUUUUUCCAUGUGAAUCAGGUCUCAGGGUCACCCAGAACUCAUCAAACUAAAACUUUUUUUAAUUUAAUAAAUCUUACCAGUAAAUACAGAAAAAAAAUUGAUAUUUGGAUUAGAAAAAUCAUUUUCUAGUUCCUAAUUUAAAGAAUAAUGUCCAGAAAGUGAUCUUCAAGGGAUAUUAAAACUAUUUGGGGAAAGAGUUUAUAGUGAGAACUUUAUAUUGGAUUUAUCAAGCUGACCAUCUUUAAGCCCUCUGGCUGAUUUUAACAUCUAUAAAAGUGGAACUGUCAGACAGUAUGCACCUCCUGGUAUAAUGCAGUUAGGAAGUACAUGUCACUACUAUGAAGUUUUCUUGCCAAAAUAAUGAACAGAAAAAAUCAAACUUUCAAAUCAAAAAAUUUUUUAAACCCAAGAAUUUGAGAAAUAGAUGAACAAAGUAAAUGAUACCACAGGAAGCAGCCAAGCAGAUCCAGAAUGUAUAAAAUUCCCAAAACAAUUCCCAAAAUUGACCUGAUUUCUUCAACUAUUGAGUGGCGUGAAAAAAGAAGGGCACUGUUACCAGAUUUUAAAAAAAGACUGGAGGCACAUCAACUAAAUUCAAUAUGUGGGCAUUAUUUGAACCCAGAUUGAAUAAAGUGUAAAAAGACAUUUUGGAGACUGGGGAAAAUGUGGACAUGCACUGAGUAUUAAGUGAUUUUUAGAAAUACUAGUUUUGUUGUUUAGUUACUAAGUUGUAUCCAUGGACUGUAGCCCACCAGGCUUCUCUGUCCAUGGGAUUUCCCAGACAAGAAUACUGGAGUGAGUUGCCAUUUCCUUUUCCAGGGGAUCUUCCCAACCCAGGGGUCAAACUUGAAUCUCUCGGGUCUCCUGCAUUGGCAGGUGGGUUCUUUACCACUGGCGCCAUUCAGGAAGCAUGAUAAUAAUAUCAAUGUGGUUAUUAAAAAAUAAAAGAUUUUAUGAUUGGAAAUAAAUAUAUAGGAAAUGGUAAGAUACCCAGAUUGUAUUAAAAUAUUCAAGCAAAAGAAAAAUUGGCAAAGAGAGCUAGAAAGUAUCAAUAGACUGAUAAAAUGUUAAUAAUUACUGAAGUAGAAUGGUUGUUUAUGGGGGGUUCAUUGUUCUAAUAUUUUUACUUUUUUAUGUGUUUGGAAAUUUCAAUAAUAAAAUAUUUAAAAUCAAAACAAACUAUACACUGCUUCAGAAAUCAUUGUUAAUAAGAUGCCUGCAUAUAUGAACUUGUCAGAUGUCACCAAAGUUCUAUUCAGUGAGGAACUUAUGCCCCUGAAUGCAUUAAGGAAAUCUUGUUUGUAGGCCUAGGCUUCAUCUUCACUUUUCCACAGCCAUCAAAGCUGGGCCUGUCACAUGGAUAAAUGUGUUAAAGGAAUGAGUAAACCUUUAUGUCAAGAAACCAGGAAAAGAACAAAGUAAAACCAACAGAAGAGAAGCAAAGUAAAUUUAAAAUUAGAAAUUAAGGGGUUAGAUACUAUUAGACUUAAUCCAGUCUUAAUGACUAUAUCUUGGCAAAUCUAAUCAAUGAAAAGAAAAUGAAAUAUGAAACAGCAUUAAUGAUGACAAAAGGGACAUUACUACAGAUUAUCAAUAAUUUUUUCUUUUAAUUCUAAGGUAACACUAUUUGUAUGUACAAUAUGUAUUCCAAUAUAUGUCAAAACAUAGAGGGAUUGCAUUUUCAUCUCUUAAGAAUGUUAUCACAACUGACUGUGCUCUAGAACCCAAACAGACCAACAAAUGUGUGUGUAUGAAGUUCCUGUUGAAGGAAAAAAAUCUGAUAGUUGCAUAGGUGAAAGUCUUAAGAAACAGAUAAUCCUUAACAGGAUUUUAGCAAUUAAUUUUGCACAGGUAAAAUAGUCCUGAUAUAAAACUAGAUGCGGAUAACUCUUAAAGAGCAAAAUCUAGACCAGCUUCAUUUAUGAAAAGCCUAUUAAUUCUAAAUAGUUAUAUUUAGAAUUUAUUACAAAAUCAGUCUUCAUUAAUAGGUUAGUAUUUUGCCUUUUCCAAGCACAAAAUAUCUCCAGAAGGCCUGUGUUUAACCUAGCACAAGACCUUAACCCAACAUUCUCCACAAGUUUGUUUCAGGGAUACUAAUCCAUGAGGAUAUUUGGGGGAAAAAGGUAUUGUGGGGAAAAUCAUGAAUGAAACAAAGGAUAAAAUAUCUAUUUUGGGGGGGAAAUCCAAGUACUUCUUACCAGCUUGUUAAAAGAUGUAUUCAAGAUGUAUUUUCAUUUAACACAGUGUAUCUCAAAUUUACUUCACUGUGCAAUUCUCUCACUCCAAAUAUCUCUUAACACCUUUAGAGUGUGAACCAUUUUAGUAGAUGUUACCAUAACCACAGUGAGUGUCUUGAAGGAUGUCAUUUCAGACAUGGUGAGUGAGUGUGUUGGGGAAGGGUGAGGAAGGUCACUUUUCUCCGUAGCUCACCUCAUGCUCUGAAAGCAGCUUCUGGCUUGAAUACUGGGCUAGUGCUUUUCUACAGAGUGGAAACGAUUUCAGCCUGGUCCUUGGUAGUGUAUGUAUUAAACAUGCUGAAAUACACAGUGAUUAGGACAUAAAUGAUUUUUCAUUGUAAUAAAAAUGCUAUAUUAAAUAUCA